AUUAUGGGCUUGGAAAAACAUUACCUGCGAUAUGGACGCACCGCUAGAGAUCACAUCCUUGACUGGGCCACCUGUGGGCGUAAUCGACGGCAGCAGCAACAUCAACAGCAGCAUCAGCAACUCCAACAGCAACCGCAGCAGCAGCAGCAUCAGCAUCAGCAGCAGCAACAGCAGCAACAACUGCCAUCACAGGGAACCCCAACAGCUACAACUGCCACGGGGCGGAGGUCUCGCCCUCAUGUGACACACAGGGGUACGCCGCUCUCCAUGCUGAUAUCUCAUGGAGUUAGGAUUAGCAAUAAUAGACUAGCUGUGAUAAUCAUAGGAAUAAUUACCUUAAUCUUAGGCAUAGUUUUAUCAUCCAUACCCUGGCUGGAUUAUUUUAUACUAAAGAACUUAAGGCUGUGGAAUGAUACGUUGAGCUAUCAUUAUUGGCAGAGGCCCGGGGUCAUCCGGCUGACCAAGCUGUAUAUCUACAAUGUGACAAAUCCGGACGGAUUCCUCAGCGGCGAGAAGCCCAAGCUGCAGGAGGUCGGACCGUUUGUUUACAGAGAAGACAUGCAGAAGGUGAAUGUGAAGUUUCACGAGAAUAACUACACCGUGUCAUAUCAGCAUAAGAAGAUACUGCAAUUUGUUCCUGAACUGAGUAUUGAUAAGGACACGCCCAUAGUCACGCCCAAUAUUCCAUUACUGACCCUCACGAGCCUUAGUCCCAAGUUGGGUUACCUACUAUCCAAGACCAUAUCGGUGGUAAUAACAGCGGCCAAGUUUAAGCCAUUUAUUAAUGUCACAGCCGAACAGUUGGCCUUUGGCUAUGACGAUGCCCUGGUGAGUUUGGCCCAUAGAUUUUACCCAAAGCACAUGAGACCUAUGGAAAAGAUGGGUCUCCUUCUGGGCCGGAAUGGAACGCUCACGGAGGUGUCCUCCGUCAAGACGGGAAUGGAGAGCAUGGAUCAGUUCGGUUAUAUUGAUUCACUCAACGGAAUGGAUCACCUGCCUCAUUGGGGCGAGGAGCCCUGCACAAGUAUAGCCGGAUCCGAAGGAUCUUUCUUUCCGCCACGAGACCUCACCAAGUCCGAGAUGGUACACAUCUACGAUAAAGAUCUGUGCCGGAUUAUACCUCUGAAGUAUGUGAAGAGCCUAGAGAAGGAUGGCAUUGCUGCGGAUCUGUUCAGGCUGCCCAAUAAUUCGUACGGUGACUCGGCGCACAAUCCCGAGAACAAGUGCUACGACUCGAACGACUACGAGGCAGUGCAGGGUCUCCAGAACAUCAGUCCCUGUCAGUAUGGAGCCCCCGUCUAUAUAUCCAACCCGCAUUUCUUCGAGUCCCAUCCAGAUCUUCUCAACUCCGUGGAGGGUCUGAAGCCAGAGCGGGAAAAGCAUGAAACGUACUUCAAAAUACAACCGAAACUUGGAGUACCGCUGGAGGGCAAAGUGCGCAUACAACUGAACCUUAAGGUGACGCGUGCCAAGGACGUCUAUCCAGUGCGUGAUUUUCGAGACUUUGUCUUUCCGGUCAUGUGGCUGGAGGAGGGCAUCUCGGAGCUGACGCCGGCCAUCAAGCGUUGGAUUUAUUUGGGCACUGUGAUUGCCCCGAAUGCCGUGCCCAUUGGCUCUUACCUGAUGAUCAUCGGCGGUGCCUUUGCCAUUGUUUUCAGCUUGGUACGAACCUAUCAGAACUUUGUGUUUGCCCGUGAUCCCACGCUGGAGAUCCUGGAGAUGGGGAGGCGUUCUUUAAGACGUGGCAGCAGCUUCAUAGCCCACCAGCAGCAUCGCCUGUUGGUGCACCAUCGCGACAGCUACUCCCUGCUGAGGCACGGACCCAUGGCCACCUGCCUGGGCGAGGGUCAGCAGGAGGAGGACGCACAGCCCAUAAUCGAUGGAAGCCUGAACAGUCAGUUGGGAGUCAUAGUUUAGUGGUAGGCGCUAAGACUAGUUUUAAGUAGGUUUCUAGGGCGUGAAUCUGUGCCUGGGUGUGUGUCCGUGUCUGUGACUGUGCCUGUGAGUGUGUCCCUGUCUUAAUGUUAGUUUCGUUCUGGCCAAAAUCGUGGCAUAUACACAUACCUGAAGUUCUUGCCACUGCAUAAGCAUUAUCAUUACUCAGUAGUUACCACACAUCGAAUCAAUCAAUCAUUAUCCAUCAAACGCCAAAACGGGUUUGCCUCUAGCCACUAACUAACUUGUAGAUAGACGUAUGAAUUUGUAUAAAAAUGCUACAAAUAAUUCACUAGUCAAUAUUUACAAUGUGAAAAAUGCGAGCGCUCAUUCUCUAGUUUCUCCUUAGACACUAAUUAUGUAUAUUAUGUAUUUGUUAAAUAUUCUUUAGGCUGAGGAUGUACGAAAUUAUUGUGUAUUUAAUGUAAGUGUAAAAACUGCGAAAAUCAUUUAUAAAAUGAAAGGAGAUUUUGUGAAGAAUA